AUGGGCGACGUGCUUGACCUUGUGGCGGAGAGUCUUGGUGUGCGGCGGGAGACUGUGGGCCUCUUUCUCCAUGGUCUCUCCCAUGACCAAGCACAGCUGGCGGCGACGGCUGCCGAAGUUGACGCCGUGUUUGUUGAGACGGGCUGGCAGAGGGUGAUCCGCCUCAUGGCCGAGUCGGAGCAACCGAUGGCGGUAGAUGAGGCCGAGCAGGUCCUGCGGGGCAAGUACCUGGCACUGCGGCGGAUGCUGCUUGGCGAGGAUGGUCGUGGAGCGAUGUACUCGGAGUCAUUUGAAGAGUCGGACAAGGAGGUCCGUGAGCUGAUGUGGUUGAUGCAUGGCUCUGACAAGGCGCGGCAGCCACCAGAGACCGAAGUGCAGCCACCAGCACCAGAGCCCAACCAGAGCCCAUCUCACGAAUUGCUGCGCCGCCCAGCGCCUGAGGAGGCCGCGGGUAGCCAAGUUCCCAACGCUCUUGCGGUGGAGGUGCUGGCAGAGAGGCUUGGCCGCAGCAUGGCACAAGAGGCGGUGAGCGGACUUGCGGAGAGCAGCAAAGAGAACUGCGAUGCCAACGUCGCAUCGGAUGCGCUCGAGAACCCUUCCUGCCUUCGAUGCGAUGAGCUGACCAGCGCACUGGCUGCGGCCGAGUCUGCUCCCUGCACGCGAUGCAAUGAGCUCGAGACGGCGCUAGCUAUGCUAGUGGAUCAGCUGGCCCAGAUGACGACUGCGAUGUCGAGUGCCGAGAAGCUCGCUGAUGACGAGGCUCGGGCCGCAACCGAGGCAAGGUCGAAGCUAGAGCUUGCACUCGACAAGCUGGCCCACGCUGCCGAUCCCGAGUAUGUGGAGCGCCUUGAGCAGGCAGUGCUGGCAGCGGGAAAGCAGAUCAAGAUCAUGCAGGGCGAAGCGGAAGCCACAACCGCUGCGAAUGAGCAACUUCGCGCCGAACUUGACACUGCCCGUGAUACGCCUGAUCUGGCCGCCGAGAACGACCGCCUGCGUGCUGCACUGGAGCGCAUCCGCGAGGCAGACUCGCCCGAGCCCAUCGAUGCUUUGGUGGGCAUGUUGGAGCAGAUCCAGGCGACAGCCAUUAAGCUGGAGGCUGAAAACAGCCGGCUGAGGGCCACUCUCGAGUGCAACGACGUUGCUCACGCAAUGUCAGCGAUGGCUGAUGCCAAUGCUGACCUCCAAGCACGACUUGAAGCGACCGAGACGGCCCUUGCGAUCGCCUCUAGCCAGCUCCGACCAAGGAACGAGGCCGACGUCCCGUCUCCACCCGAGGCCAAGCUUGAAGCCGCCAACGCCACCACCGCACAGCACCAGCACCAGCUCGUCGCUGCCGCCACUCAGCCACCGCCAGCCGCCACGACCUCACCCAACGCCGAGGCCAAGCUCGAGGCCGCCAACGCCACCAUCGCACAGCUCCAGCACCAGCUCGCUGUCACCUCUAACCGGGCUCAACCCGUUCACCGCCUUGUGGCCAAGCUCGAGGCCGCCAACGCCACCAUCGCACAGCUCCAGCACCAGCUCGCCGCUGCCGCCACUCAGCCACCGCCAGCCGCCACGCCCUCACCCGACGCCGAGGCCAAGCUCGAGGCUGCCAACGCCACCAUCGUACAGCUCCAGCACCAGCUCGCCGCUGCCGCCACCCAGCCACCGCCAGCCGCCACGCCCUCACCCGACGCCGAGGCCAAGCUCGAGGCUGCCAAUGCCACCAUCGUACAGCUCCAGCACCAGCUCGCCGCUGCCGCCACCCAGCCGCCGCCACAGCCCGAGCCAACCAUCGUAGCCGACGAGCCCCACCCCCAAGGUCACACCCGCACGCUCGAGAUCGACGACCUCGCCACCCCUCUCCCGCUGUCAUCAGCGAACCAGGCCCAUACCACGGCCAAGCUCGCGCUCCAUCGCGCCUCGUUCGACGCGGCGGGCUUGGAAGACUCGAUUGCGACAACAAUCGCAGCACUAACCGACGCCCGGGCCCGCCUCGAGGCGCUCGGCCCAGACACGGCGGCGGCGUCGUCGGUUCUCGGUGCCGCUGCUGCCGAGCGCGAGGCUUUGGCUAGUCAGCUGGAGGCGCUGGAGGCCGAGCUUGCUGCCAAGCGCGAGCUGCUGGCGGCAAAGAACGAGACUGUUCGACGUGCACGGAGCUCGCUUGCUGCGUCGCAGGCCCAGCUGGUCUCGGCCCGCACAGCUGUCGCUGCCUCGGGCCUCGCAUUGUCGCGGACCCAGUCCGAGCUCGCCCGCCACGUCGAUGCCCUCUCGCAGCAGGCCGCCGAUGUCGAGGCCUCACGCUCAGAGCUGAUGUCGACCCACUCGGCGCUGGCCCGCGUGCGGGUGGAGCGAGUCGAGCUUGCCCACGAGCUGUCACGCUCGCAAGCCGACUUUACCCUUGCCUCAUCGCAGCUCUCAUCAGUCGCUGUCGAGCUCACCGCCGCCGACGCGCACCUGGCCUCGCUCCGUACUGCGCGGACGGCCGCAGCCUCUGCCCUGCACGCCUCGCAGCUCGACGAGGAACGCGCUGCUGCCGCCCUGGACGCCCAGCGCGACGCCCUCCGUGAGACGUUGUCCCGUAUCGCUGCCGCUACUGCCGAGCGCAAUGCCAAGGCCGCCGUGGCCGCCGAGCUGGAGUCAACCACCACCUCGCUCUCGGCCAAGCUCCAAGCCUCGCUCGCCUCCAAGCGUGACCUCGCAUCACAGCUGGUUGAGCUCCGGGCCGAGGCCAACACCGCUGCUGCCGACCUACAACGUGUUAAGGACAGCGUCGCCGUCGAAGCGGCCCGCCUUGCCGACGUCAACGCUGCCACCGAGCAGCUGCGUGCCCGCAUCGCUGCCGAUGCCGACGAAGCCUGCGUCCUCCAGUCGAAGCGCGACGCCGCCGCUGCCCAGCGCGAUGCCCUGCUCGCAGCACUCGACGCUGCACGGGCCGCCCGUGAUGCGAGUGCCAUCGAAGCCAAUGCUGCCGCUGCUGGCCUCUCUGAGCUCCGCGAGAGCCACCACGCACUUGUCGCCAAGCUCGACGCGCUCCGCGCCGAGGAAGCCACCGUGCUCGACGAAGCCAAGUCUGCCACGCUUGAGGCUAACAGCCUCCAGCUCGAGGUCGCCACGCUCGAGUCGGAUGUACUGCUGGUCACUGCCCAGCGCAACGAGCUCGUCGACGCCGUGGCUACCGCCGAGAGCGAGCUGAGUGUCCUCCGCGACUCGCUGCCCGCGCUGCGGGCAACGGCGGCUGCGGCCGUCACGGCACGUGACGAUGCCGCCGCUGAUCGUGACAAGCUUGCUGCACAAGUGGCUAGGCUUGACAACGAGCGCACAAGCCUUGACGCCCGACUGUGUGAGCUCCGCAACAAGCUACGUGCCGCCAACAGCGAAACCGAGCAGCUUGACGCCGCUACUGCUGCUGCUCGCAGUGACUACGCCGCGGCUCGAGCCGAGAUGCACAGUCUCGACAGCCGCAAGGAGAAUGCCGAGGUUGCGCUUUCGGAUGCGAGGGUCAAUGCCACCACCAUGCGCUCCGAGCUCGACUCUGCGUCGCGGAGUCUGACGCGUGCACGCGAUGAUGCUGCCGCUGCUGCGGAUGCUCUGGCGGGCGCUGAGACCGAGCUGGCCGCGCUGCGCGCCGACGUCGCCGACCUCGAACGCCGCCUUGCCGAGGCGCGCGCAAGCGUCGAUUUGACUCGCAGCGCGCUUGAAGACACCAAGGACGCAAGGGUGAGUGUCGACACCGACCUGGCCAACGCGACUGCAGAGCUGACCCAUGUCAGCGCCGAGUCAGAGGAGGUGCACCGCACCAUUGCCGAGCUGCAGUCGCGCGUGGCACGCCAGUCCGCCCAUCGCAUCGAACUUGCCAAUGCGGUCGAGGACGCCAAGCUCGAGCUCCACCAGGCCCGGCUUGACAGUGACGACAUGCAGACAAGGCUGGCUGCAGCCCGCAGCGCACUCGCCGACGCCUCCGACACCCAGCAGCGGCUGCAGUCCCGGGCCGACGACCUGUCUGCGUCAGCAGCAGAGCUCGAGGCCAAGGCCGGCGAGCUCGUCGCGAGCACCGCCGCGCUCGCCGAGUCACGCGACGCAGCCGCAGCAGCACUUUCCGAGUCCGAAGCCGCCAUGGCGGCUUCGAGCGCCGAGAUCGAGGCGCUGCGUGCCAGUGUUCGCGACGCCGAGGCGCGUGUGUAUGACGCCGAGUCGGCCAAUGAGGGCCUUGCGCAUCAGAUGGCGCUUGUUCGCGACGAGCUGGCGGCGCUCGAGUCUGAUACGGCAGCAUCUCAGACAGCAGCAGCCGCUCUUGCCGCCGAGCAGCGAGCUCUGCGAAGCCAGGCGGCCGCGGCCGAACGGACAGCAGCUGCUCUGCAAGCUGCCGAAGCUGACGCACUUGCUACGCUAGACCGCGACCGCGCCGCUGUUGCGGACGCCCGCGAGCGCCGGAAGACGCUGCAAGCCUGCGUGCGCGCCGCUGAAGCCAGUCGCGAUGCCGCCGCCGCCACCUUAGCUGCAGCUGAAGCCGAGGCCCGCAAGUUGGAGGAGAUUAUCGAGAGCCUCCGCCGCCAAGUCGCAGACGGCAAGGCCGAGGCCCGAGCAGCAACGGGCCAGGUCCGGGCCGCCGAGCGUGCCGAGCGCAACGCCCGCGCUGCUGCGGCCGAAGCCCUCCGAGCGCAGAACCAGGCAGAGCACAAGGUGGCAAACCUGAGUGCCGAGCACGGUACACUGAGUGCCGAGCUGGAUGCGGCAGCAGCAAAGCUCGAUGAGCUCAACGAGCACAUCGAGCAGAGUGCUGCGGCGCAAGCGAGAGCCGAAGCAGAGCUUGCGGCUGCAGACGCCGCAGCAAAAGCGGCGACGUCCGAGGCCGAGGCGCUCGAGGCCGAUGUCAGCACCGCCCGCGCGGCCCACACCGCCAUCCUCGCCGCGCUUGCCAAGACAACGUCAAAGCUCUCGCUGUUGGAAAAGCUUCAACCCGCCGACCGGGCGCGCUCAGAGCUGGCGGAUCGGCUCCGCGCACAGGCGGCGGCCCAGACCCGGAGCGACGACGCGGCGCGGGCGCUGCACGAGGCUGCACGCCAGCUGACUGAGACCGAGAUCGGUGCGCUCCGCGCCGAGGUUGAUGCCCUCUCGACGUCGCUCGCUGACGCACUGGCAACUCUCGACAGCCUCAACGCCGACGAGAGUCAGGGCGUACGCGAUGCCGCCGUCCUGCGCGCCCGCCUAGCCGAGCUGGAGGCUACUGCCGCAGCCGAGGGAGACGCGCGUGCUGCCGACGCCGACGAGCUGCAGGCGAUCGAAGCCGAGUGGGAGGGCGUCGUCGGCGCGCUGGAAGACGUGCUGGUCGGCGCACAGGACGUCACCGGCGUCCGUCUCACACCGGAUGAGGAAAGCGCCGCACUGCAUCUACGGGCCUCACAGCCUGCGCUUCUCUACGCCAAGGCGCUGCUCCGACUCUUCCGUGCAGUCUUCCGCCGUGCGCGCGAGGCCCAGGGUGCCGUCUCGCGGCAGCUCCAGUUUACCAUUGAGGGGACACAGGCCGAGCUAGAGGCGCAGCAGGCGAUGGUGGCGAGCGUCACGCGGGCGUAA